ACAAAAAAGGCGAGCAGAGAAGCAGCCACUACCAAAGUACCAAGACGGGAUAACAAUGGCAAACGGCAUUUACCGUCCCGAACGCUUCAUCCGUCGCUCCAGCACCUUCAGCGGCACCAGUCAACACUCAGACAUCAGAGACCAGCGGCGCAGUCUUCGCGCCAAAACCUUCACUCAGAACGCCCAAAGCCCUCGCCAGAGACCUCCAGUUCUGUUCUAUACAAUUCGAGCAGACCCCCGGCUGUAUCCAGAAGUACAGAUGGGUCUCCCGGUCUACAGCAGACCCCCUCAAGUGGGUCGCCCUGUCUUUUUCUUGGAUAGAUCAGGAAAUUCCAAGUCAAAACCUGCAGCCAGCGACACAGUUGGGGUAACUGGAACCACCAAUGAAGAACGGGCGAGAAAGGACAAGCCCAGGUCAAAAUCUUUUUCACGGUCCCACCGCCCGGAAAUAUUUACUCGUCGCCAUAGCGACACUUCUGAAACAUCCCUGAUCGGCGCUCCUGGAGAUGUCAUUCUGAGGCAGAAGAUGGACAGCGCCAUUAUUUAUUCCAAAACAACGAAUCCAAACCGGCACGAUGACAAUAACAACAACAACAAUAACAAUAAGAACCAUUUUAAGACAUACUCCGGACACAACGCAACAUAUGCCGCCUCCUCUAACUUUGUAAACCAUACUCCAAACAUUAAGACAUAUAUGAACAAAAACAAUAAAUAUAUACCAGGAGAAAGGUAUUCACUUCCUCAACUUCAAACAAGCAACAUCGUUUACCCUGCUUUGUAUAAGCCGCCGGCUAGCUGCCAUUUCCUGUAUAAGGAAAGAGGAGGAACUAUAAAUUUUGGAGAGGAUGAAGAUUCGCUUUCAUCGACUCCGAGAAAAGAUUACCCUAUCGACACACCGAAAACUACGGGAAUUCUACGCCAGUCUCGUACAGAAUCAACAGAACCUCCUCCAGCCAUCAACAGUUUUCCUCUCACAGUUACAGAUGCCGAAGAUACGCCAAGAGCUGAUUAUGGUCUAGAAAUGGCUACACAGAUUGAUUAUUCGGAAAGAUUUAUCAUUAAUGUUAAGGAAAUUGAAGACAUAAUAGCUAUGUCAGAACAGUCAGCGAACAAUACAGGCGAAAAGGAAAGCGGCAAGGCAGAUAAGGAAAUGGCAAAGAAUAGAGAAAAUGGAAACAUAAAAAGACCGCCACUGUCACCAACCCCAGGAAGACCAGCAAGUCCACCAUUCGAUGGUGAGGAGUUAGUGGUACCAUCUGCGUUGUCUUUAUCUAGUCUUGGAGAGAGGCACAACACAGGUGACAGUGGGUUUUCCCAACCGAUACCAUCGCCGUAUAAGGCCAGUUUCGACUUUCAAGUACCCCCACCUUUUCCACCACCACCGCCGCCUCCCCCACCGCCAUUGCUUGUGGAAAUUGGAAAACAGCGUCCAUCGACACCUCGCACCGAGCUGGUCGGCUAUGAGAUCUCUGAGACCGAAGCCGCAUCUAUAUCUCUCAGAAAAUCCUCAACGGGAAAAGAGUUGCCUGAAACUAACACAGCCGCAGAAAAUCAAACCAAGCUAGUUCAACUUCCUUUCAUGGAAGAACUGAAACGGCGCCAACGAUCGAUAGACGAAGGAGUCUCCUUGCUAACGCCGGCAUUCACCUCUACAACAAAUCCUUUACAAGGAUCUUCAUCCGACAGUAAUCUUCGGCGAAACAGCGGGAAAGAUAACUCCAGUAACCAUAGUGACGAUUUGUCUAAAUCUGAAUCUUCGAAAAACGGCCUGACUCAGAGACCAUCCGCUGUUCAGUUUGCAGACGAGCCUCCUGAAAUCAUUCCCCGUGAAGACGACUACAGUAUUCCAGCAUACGAGGAUGCUGAAGAUGAACGGGAUAUAGAAAUGAAUAUAGUUUUAUCAUUAUCUCCACCAUUACCACCUCCUCCCCCGCCAUUACCUUUGCAUUUCUAG